CCCACCUCUGUCCCUCUCUUACUUUCUCUCUCUACUAUGUAUAAUCUUUUAGCUUCGGAAAUUCUAAACCAGUCAAGCUUUUUCUGCAAUAGGAGGAGAAAAUUUGAAACGGUUCAGACUCGUGUAUCGAUGUUAAAACUUUGCUUCGAAGUUAUUGAUUUUAGACUCGAAUGUUUCUGAUCUAGUGUUGUCAAGCUUGAUCGAGCUCGUUCAUUUAAAGAGGUUGAUUUCUGAAGAGAGAAUUUUUUUCUUGUACCAGUCCAAUUUCGUGCAUUUCCUUACCGCGGGUAUAUCUGAAUCUGGUUGAUGGGGCCUGUUCCAAUAAACAAUGAUGUUGCCAGUGAUACGGAUUUGGCAGGAUGGAGUAAUUGCUCAUGGGACGGGAAAAAGGUCGUUAGGAAUGUAGUUGAGGGUGAGGUGCGAGGCUUUGGUUCAUCUGAGGAAGAUGAGUUGAGGACUAAAAAUGGAUCAGAAGGGGUAAUUCAGGUCUCUGCUGGUGUGCAAAAAUCGGGAUCUCAAGGUCCUCUAGUACAUUGGGAGAGGUUUUUGCCGUUUAGGUCUCUGAAGGUUUUGCUGGUGGAAAAUGAUGAUUGUACUCGUCAUGUUGUCAGUGCUCUACUUCGUAACUGCAGUUAUGAAGUUACUGCUGUUGCAAAUGGUCUGCAAGCAUGGAAAAUCUUAGAAGAUUUGACUAAUCAUAUUGAUCUAGUCCUAACUGAGGUAGUCAUGCCUUUCUUCUCUGGAAUUGGUCUUUUAUGCAAGAUAAUGAGCCACAAAACUUUCAAGAAUAUUCCUGUGAUUAUGAUGUCAUCACAUGAUCCUAUGAAUUUAGUAUUCAAGUGUUUGUCAAAGGGUGCUGUUGAUUUUCUAGUGAAACCGAUUCGAAAAAAUGAACUUAAAAACCUUUGGCAGCAUGUUUGGAGGAGAUGUCACAGUUCUAGUGGUAGCGGGAGUGAAAGUGGCACACAGACAACAAGAUCUGCAAAGUCAAAAAGUAAUGAGUCUGAAAAGGACACUGGCAGCAGUGAUGAGCGUGAUAACGGGAGUAUAGGUCUUUGUAUUCGGGAUGGAAGUGACAAUGGAAGUGGCACUCAGAGUUCUUGGACAAAACGAGCAGCUGAAGUUGAAAGUCCACGGCCAAUAUCACCAUGGGAUCAAUUGGCUGAUGUUCCUGAUAGCACUUGUGCCCAAGUCAAUCGUACGGAGACUGAAACAUUGAGCAGCAGGUGGGUGCAUGUUACAGAAACAAAACAGUGCCUAGAGCAGGAUAAACAACUUGACAAAGUUGCAAUGGGCAAAGACUUGGAAAUAGGCAUGUGUAGAGAUCCAGAUUCACAAUUAGAGUACCAUAAGUUUUCAACGCAACCUGGCAGCAAAAGGCAGGAUAAGUUAUCCAGAGUAGACAGUAAGGUGUUGGAGAAAGAGCAGUUGGAAAACGAAAGCGAGAAUAUAAGUGGCAAACUAAGGGACUAUGCUGCGAAUCUAAUAUGUGCUGUGGGAAGUUGUACAGACCAACAGGUGGAGAGCAGAGACAUUGAUGCUUCCAGUGGGCUUCCUGAUACCUCACAAAUCAAAGAUAAAGCUAGCAGUGAUUCUAGAGAAUUGCCAUCUCUUGAGCUAACUUUAGAAAGGAUGAAAAGAGGAGAUAUAGGCACCAGUGCGCAUGACAAUCACAAUGUUUUGAGACAUUCAAACCUGUCAGCAUUUUCAAAAUAUUACACUGUUUCUUCUGCUAAUCAGGCUCCGACCGGGAAUGUAGGUAGCUGUUCUCCACUGGAUAACAGCUCAGUUGCAGUAAAGACAGAAAGAAUGCACAGUUUGAAUUGCAAUCCUACUCAUCAGCAGUCGAACGGGUCUAGCAACAAUAAUGAUACGGCCUCCACCACUAAAUAUGUUCACAAGCAUGAAGCUUUCAGUGACAAGACAGAAUCCAUAUCAGCAUUUAAGUGUUCCAAUACCUCCAUGUUCCAAACUGCACAGAAUGGUCGUAUUUGUGCAGAGAAACCAAUACAUGUGAGGACAGUUGAUGAGGCAGUCGGCACAGAUCAAGCACAAGAAAGAGGAUCAAACAAGCGGAUUAAAGUGCAGCACCACCAUCACCACUACCACCAUUACCACCACCACGUCCACAACAUGCAGCAUCAGCCAGAGUCAGAUCAUGAUGAUCUCUCACUCAAGAUGGCAGCAGCUGCUCCACAAUGUGGAUCAUCGAAUAUGCUUGGAGGGCCCACUGAAGGUAGUGCUGGAAAUUACAGUUUCAAUAAGAGUGCUUCAGGGAGUAAUCAUGGGAGCAAUGGGCAGAAUGGUAGCACAGCUUUAAAUGCUGGAGUGGCAAACAUAGGAAGUGACAAUGGUGUAGCUGAGAACAGUGGAAUCGUUGGCAUUAGUGGGAGUGGGAGAAUCAGUGGGAAUGAAGCUGAUGAAGAUCGACUUGCACAAAGAGAAGCUGUCUUGACCAAAUUUCGUCAGAAAAGGAAAGAGAGAUGCUUUGGAAAGAAGGUCCGAUACCAAAGUAGGAAAAGGCUGGCAGAACAGAGGCCUCGUGUGAGGGGACAGUUUGUGCGACCAACAGGGUCCGAUACCACAGCAGGAAAAGACAGCAGGCAGGAUAACAUCAUGUCCGAGGAGGGACUCUCCUAACAACGGACAAUUACACUAGACGGGAUUCAGAUCUGCUUCUCCUGUCCAUGUACCUGAUAGUGCAUAUGGAUAAGUGUACAUGAGAUUAGCACUGGUUGUGCAUGUGGUUAUGUGAUGGAGUAUUUAGGUUUACCUAGAAAUGUGUGAAAUUAGGUAUGUGUAACUUGUGUUUAAAAGAUUGAUAACGAAACCCUUGAUGUGUAAACUCUAUGGGGGGAGUGGUUACUCUUAAAAAAACGUCCCUCCCUCUUGCUACAACUGUCAUGUUGUAUUUUUAUAUGAAAGCCUUUUUGAUAAAA